ACUUUUAUUUGCCAAGUUGUUUUUUUUAGAAGUUGUUUAAUUUCCAUGUAAGAGUUGAUGAUAGGAUGUGUCUGGAUUCCAGUUCCAUAGUUCAUCAACAAUCUUUCUCAGAUUUUCAAUCAUAAUGAGAAAGUAUGGCUUCAAACUAAUACCUGUGUCUAAGCUGCUCAAUUCUUUGUUACCACUGAGCAUCUAUCACUUUCUAUACUAGUGCAAACGGAAAAUUUGUCAUUCAGCCCCAUUUCAAUUCGACUAUCCUCUUUGGUUCCCUUCUUUAAGGUCUAAAUUAAGAAAAGGAUCAAAUAUAGGAGCAGAGAAUUUUAGAGUUGGAGCAUAAAGUGCCAGCUUGUAUGGAGCAAUAAAGGCAAAAGACAAGACCCUGCUCUGAAGGACCUCUAAGGAGGAGACAACAUAAAAACAACUUGGUACCAAUAAGCUAUUUCAGGAGGAAUAGGAGAUAAUCAACAGAGAGAAGACACUAAAAUUAAGGAGUAGGGAAAGCUUCUGUGGAAGGUGUUAUUAUUUCGAGUGUGCGCAUACCUUGAGAAGAAUUGUUGCAUUGAGCCUGGAACCAAAAAGACGGAACCUGCAGGUGGCCUCUGAGAUACCAGAAGUCCAUGGAGGAAAACCAAAGGCAUCCAGCUGAAAGAAAGUCUGCCCAGAAAAAGGACAAUGCAGAUGUGUCUGGCACCAUCCACAAUACAGCACAGAGGCCAGACACCAGAAAAAACAGCAGAUGAGCUAGAAAGUCCUAGGGAUCCCCAUGGCUGCUUCCUUGGGUUCCCAGAGACAGAAACGAAGGGAAUUGGAUGCACGGCGAAGUAAGUGCAGAAUCAGGCUAGGUGGCCACAUGGAACAAUGGUGUCUUCUCAAGAAGCAGCUCGGUUUCUCCCUGCACUCCCAACUUGCCAAGUUCCUGCUUGAUAGGUACAAUUCUCCAGGCUGCGUGCUCUGUGCAGGCCCUGAGCCAUCCAUUCCACAGGGUCUCCAGUAUCUGGUAUUCUUGUCCCAUGCCCACAGCCGUGAAUGCAGCCUGGUACCAGGGCUUCGGGGACCAGGAAGCACAGAAGCAGGGCUUGUAUGGGAGUGUUCAGCUGGUCAUACCUUUUCCUGGGACCCCUCCUCUGGCCCUGCACCCCAAGGUUCCAGUCCUUCUUAUAUCCAACAUUCAGCACUAAGGAAUUGGUGGACCAAGUCAGGGAGCUGGCAAGAACAUGAAGCCCAGGUAACUGAGCACUACGAUGGGACCCAAGAGUCUGGGAUACCCAGGGGGGUGGCACCCCUACCUGAGACUACCCUGCCCCACGGAGAAGAAGAAGAAGAAGUAGAGGAAGACGUGGAUGAUGAAGAUGAUGUCAGUGAUGUCAGCCCCUGGACCUACAGCCCCUCUCCGGAUUGCAGUGAAUUAGGUGCAUCUAGUCCCCUUCCAUCUCACCUCCCUCCACUCAAAGAAGAAACAACACCUCCAUCCUCAAGCUCUCCUCAUGCUGAUUCAUCAGAAACUGGGACACCCCAUCCUGAAGAAGAGAGAGACCAGCCUGAGCUAGAUAGAAUACCCCAACUGAGCCAAGAAAACAAGACCGGACCCAGCAGACGAAGACGACAAGGCCCUCCUCCCAUGCCUCUGGAUGAGGACAUAGCACAGAUUGGUCCCAAGAGGAUCAGAAAGGCUGCUAAAAGAGAGCUCCUUCCUUGUGAUUUUCCUGGCUGUGGGAAGAUCUUCUCCAACCGACAAUACUUAAAUCACCAUAAAAAGUACCAGCAUAUCCAUCAGAAAUCCUUCUCCUGCCCAGAGCCAAGCUGUGGAAAGUCCUUCAACUUUAAGAAGCAUCUGAAGGAACAUGUGAAACUGCAUAGUGAUACUCGAGACUACAUUUGUGAGUUUUGUGCUCGCUCCUUUAGAACCAGCAGCAACCUUAUCAUCCACCGUCGUAUCCAUACUGGGGAAAAGCCAUUACAGUGUGAGAUCUGUGGCUUCACCUGCCGCCAGAAAGCCUCCCUCAACUGGCAUCGGCGCAAGCAUGAGGAGGCAGCAGCAGCUUUCCAAUAUCCCUGUGAGUUCUGUGGCAAACGAUUUGAGAAGCCUGACAAUGUUAUUGCCCACUGCAGCAAAAGCCACCCUGUCCCUCGUCCUGGCCCUGACUCAAGUCCUACUCUCUCAGAGCCCCACACUUCACCCACUAUCUCUAGUUCCACCCCUACCAUCUCAGAAUCUAGCCUUUCAUGAGUCCCAGAAAUCUACUGCCCUGGAUUCCAGCCCUUCCUUAAAGAUCCAGAGGAAUUAGACAUCAAGAUGUUAGGAAACAAAUUGUAAAGUGGCAUGGGGGAAGGUAGGAGGCCCUUCAGGGUGAUGGUGUCACCCAAGUGGCCACUCAUAUCUUUAAGAGGAGCCAGAGGACGGGAUUGCCUUGUUUCUUACUGCUAAGAAUACAAUAAAAUGAUUAUUUUACACA